AUUAAAAUUCAAUUAUUUAUGAUAGCACGUGUUCGUGACGUUAUCGUGUCAUGAUGCAUUCUGAUGGAUUGUGGUUUUUGAGAGGAGCUAUUGUUUAAAAGUUAAUUUGUUACAAAAAACUGCCAACAUAUGGAAUAUUGAAAAGUUCAGAUGUGCACAAUAAAGAUAUUGACUAAAGGAUCAUACAGUUUACUUACUGUUUGUGUUAAAUAAAUAAGGAACUUAUAUAGGUAGUUAAGUACUUCUUAACAAUCUUUCGUAAGUUGACAAAGCCUGAGGAGGAACGGCAAAGUGUUGACAACAGCAAUUGUAUAAGGAGGAAUUUAUAUAUAAAAUAUUCAUACAGCUUAUGGCCGAUAUAGAUUAAUCCCUCUGAGAGUUGUAUCGAUAAGGCAGCAUGACAGGUUUUUGUAUUGAUAGGUGAAUUCAAUUACAUAUUGAAUAACAAGCUGAUACAAUUUUGAGUGGAUUUCUUUUGCAAAAGUGUUCAAAUGAGGAAAUAUGCAGCCUUCAAACCUUUUAACAUGAUAACAUUAUUGUGCUAAAACGUAUGCUUUUACCAAGAUUGAAUGUGCCAUCAAAAACAUUUACAUGAAAGCAAAAUACAAGAUUAAAAUUCCACCAAAAAGACUAUAAGGAAUUGUUUGUACUGAAAUGAUUCGUCGAUGGCUCGGAUCAUGGAGCAGUGCAGGGGAGGAUGAAGUCUUUACUGAUUCUGAAAGUGACGAAGGGAACAUGGACACCAGGCGCAGCAGCUCGCCCAAGAUGGAGUACCUGCUCAGGAAAAAGCAGACUGCCGUGGAUAGGUUGCUGGAGGCAGACAAGAGGGCUUGUCUUACACCAACUCACUCUAGAGAGGGGUCAUCUACAGGGAACCUGUCCAGUGAUGGUCACUCUAGGAAAGGGUCAAGCACAAGUCAGAUAUCACUGACCUCCAGCCAACAGGAGGAGGACACAGGGAAAUCCCAGAGUAACUUGUGGGAGAUCUGGGGAAAACUAGUCAAUGAUUGGGCCAGUGCUAAAAAGAAACCCACUUUCAUCAAGCAACUAGUCAGGAAGGGUAUCCCCCACCCGUUCCGUGGGUUGGCAUGGCAACUGAUGCUGGAUGUGAACAACUCUCCCAUGAAGGAAAUGUACGUUGAGUACCUGAAACAGAAAUCCCCGAGCGAGAAGAUGAUACGCCGAGAUAUCGCGCGCACAUUCCCUGAACAUGAUUUCUUCAAGGAGAAAGAUGGCCUUGGUCAGGAGAGCCUUUUCCACGUUAUGAAAGCAUACUCUCUCCAUGACCGUGAGGUGGGAUACUGCCAGGGUAGUGGCUUCAUUGUUGGCCUAUUGUUGAUGCAGAUUCCGGAGGAGGAGGCGUUUGCCGUGUUGGUGAAACUAAUGCAGGAAUUUCGGCUCCGGGAACUGUUCACCCCAAGUAUGGCGGAACUGGGUGUCUGUAUGUACAAGCUGGAGUGCCUUAUACAGGAGCUGUUGCCUGACUUGUACACCCACUUCCAGACCCAGAGUGUCCACACAUCCAUGUAUGCGUCGCCAUGGUUUCUUACUCUGUUUACCACUGUCGUUCCACUGUCUGUCGCUUGCCGAGUUAUGGAUCUAUUCAUAUCUGAGGGUAUGGACAUGGUGUUUCGCCUAGCCAUCGCCAUUCUGCAGUGCAGCCAGCAUGAGCUACUCUCCAUGGAUAUGGAAGCAAUGCUGGUGUUCUUCCAGAAGGAGAUUGCUGUCAAAUUUGAGCGUGAUGAGGACACAAUAUUCAACAUGGCCUACGCCCUCAAAUAUAGUGCCAAAAAACUAAAGAGAUUAGAGAAAGAAUACACAGCCCUUAAAAGCAAAGAGAACGAGGAUCAAAUCGAACUACGGAGAUUACGGACAGAAAAUCGACUACUGAGACAGAGAAUAGGCAACCUAGAAAAGGAGUCUGCGUCUCUGGCUGACCGACUGAUUCAGUAUCAACUUACGCGAGCCCAGGAGGCGGAGGAUACUUACGCCCUUAAGAAUGAGCUCUCCCUAACUAAACAGAAGUACAACACCUCACUGAAACAGCUGAAAGAGGCUGAGUCGUUGCUCGGAGACAUCAAGGAAAGGACUGACAGUAUCCACUCUGCAUCUUCGCUGGACGAAGGUGAGGCCCAGAUGGUGGUCCAGGGUUUACAAGAGGAGCUGAUAACUGUGCGGUUGCGGGAGGCAGAAAAUAGCACCGUAGUGAAGAACCUCCGCAAUAAGAUAGAAGAACUGCAGCAGAUUAACCAUCAGCUACAGAGGGCUCCCAGUAACGAUGUGCAAUGUCUGCAGGAGGAAUUGAUCGCUGUUAAACUCAGAGAGGCGGAGGCGAACUUGUCCCUUAGAGAGAUGAGACAAGCUAUAGCUGACCUGGAGACUAACUGGCAGCGUCACCUGUCUAACCAGGACCCAGCUAGCUCUCCAAGGGACAGGAGCAGUAAGGGGGAGUUAAAGACUGACCUGAAGAAGACACAGGAGGACUUGAUGACGGCUAAAUUGAAGGAGGCUAGUGCUCUGUCCGCAUUAAAAGAUGCCAAACAGAAAAUCAUGGAGCUUGAGACUUCGAACCAGAUCUGUACGAACCAGAUUAAGAGGAUGGACGAGGAAAACAAGCGUCUGAAGACCGAGAUGGAGGGAAAAUCCAAGCAGCUGGAUGAUGCAGAUCGGCAAAUCAAAAAUCUCCUCAGAAAAAUGGACGACCUGGAGUCUAAGCAUCGUGAGGAGCUGAUGAUGGCGCGUAUCAGAGAGGCCGAGAAUGAUCAAGCCAUCGGGGAACUAAAACAGAAAAUAGCGCAGAUGGAAAUACAGAGAGAAGAGACUCUGGCAACAACACAGUUGGAUUCUAAGGGAGGUAAACAGGACCUGGAGAACACCAUCUUUGACCUCCAGGAAGAGGUGCUUCAGUUGAAGAUGUCAGCCAGUCCGAAGUCACCCAACACAUCUGGAUCUUCAUCAACCGACCAUAAUGCUAGUAAGGUGGUUGAUGAUUAUGACUACAACGACGAUGAUGAUGACGACUUGGAAGACCCGGAGAGUCUAAACAGAACAUUGUCUGAGAUUAUAGAGGGCAAGCGGAGUUCCACUGCACUUAUUGCCUACCUGAACCGGGAAAACUCAGACCCUGAGACUAGCAGUAUCAAGUCAAGCAGUUCAGAGUCAGGCUACAGUAGUAAACUUGUGAAAACAAACUCUUUUAAAGGGGAGAGAAUAGAUGAAAAUGUGUUAGAAACGAGUAGAACUAUAACGAAUAGUGAAAAUACUGUUGUUACAGACUGUGAUAGUGGUUCUAGUGCAAGUCAGGGGGAACAUUGUGCAAUAAACCAGUCUACAGGAAGUGGAAUUGUGGGUCAGUCAAAACAGACUGAUUCUCAGUCUGGAGGUGGAGACAGCCGAUUGUCAAGUGCAAUUUCUGUGAACCAGCCAGAUAAUGGUGACUCAGCACAAAAUCAUCGAAACUCGUUUACUGUUGAUGCAAAUGAAAAUAUUCAUUCGAAAGGUGCAAAUUUGAACACUGACAAUGCAAACCCGGAGUUGAAUAUUAGUUCAGAGCCAGUCUCCUAGUAUUUAUUUUUCAUACUGUCAUGUCAAUGUUUUAUAUUAAUUUGUUUACCGUAUGUCUAUGACAAUGAUCAUGUUGUGAUCGCUUAGGCGGGCAUUCAUUUUCAAAACUAAAGAGUCACAAAAAUACUAUUUUAACUGUAAACUGUGUAACAUUAUGUCAGUAAGUCUCAUUUCUAGUCUCAUCUCUACUUAGGAUCAAUCGUGAUUAUUUUGUAAUUUCAAUCAGGAUUUUAGUAAAUUAUCUUUUUCUUAUCUCAUUUUCUUAAAUGUUGGAAAGCUUUUAAGUACUGGUAUGUAUAUUAUAUCUGUGUGUACCGGUGGGUUGAAAGUGGCAAUAUUUGUAACAAGAGUGAACUGGUAUGUGUUUCAUUGUUGCAAGAUCUGUAAUAAUUAAGUACGGGUAUGUGUUGAUAGUGGCAAUAUCUGUAACAUGUGUGUACCGGUAUGUGUUGAUAGUGGCAAUAUCUGUAACAUGUGUGUACCGGUAUGUGUUGAUAGUGGCAAUAUCUGUAACAUGUGUAAUAUCUGUUACAUGUGUGUAUGGGUAUGUGUUGAUAGUGGCGAUAUCUGUAACAUGUGUGUACCGGUAUGUGUUGAUAGUGGUGAUAUCUGUUACAUGUGUGUACGGGUAUGUGUUGAUAGUGGCGAUAUCUGUAACAUGUGUGUACCGGUAUGUGUUGAUAGUGGCGAUAUCUGUAACAUGUGUGUACCGGUAUGUGUUGAUAGUAGCGAUAUCUGUAACAUGUGUGUACCGGUAUGUGUUGAUAGUGGCGAUAUUUGUAACAUGUGUGUACCUGUAUGUGUUGAUAGUGGCGAUAUCUGUAACAUGUGUGUACCGGUAUGUGUUGAUAGUAGCGAUAUCUGUAACAUGUGUGUACCAGUAUGUGUUGAUAGUGGCGAUAUCUGUAACAUGUGUGUACCAGUAUGUGUUGAUAGUGGCGAUAUCUGUAACAUGUGUGUACCAGUAUGUGUUGAUAGUGGCGAUAUCUGUAACAUGUGUGUACCAGAAUGUGUUGAUAGUGGCGAUAUCUGUAACAUGUGUGUACUGGUAUGUGUUGAUAGUGGCGAUAUCUGUAACAUGUGUGUACGGGUAUGUGUUGAUAGUGGCGAUAUCUGUAACAUGUAUACGGGUAUGUGUUUGUAGUGGCGAUAUCAGUAACAUGUGUGUACUGGUAUGUGUUGAUAGUGGCGAUAUCUGUAACAUGUGUGUACGGGUAUGUGUUGAUAGUGGCUAUAUCUGUAACAUGUGUGUACUGGUAUGUGUUGAUAGUGGCGAUAUCAGUAACAUGUGUGUACUGGUAUGUGUUGAUAGUGGCGAUAUGUGUAACACUUUAGUAUGGGAAUGUGUCGAUAGUGGUGAUAUGUAUCACAUAUGUGUGUACCAAUCAUUUGAUACAAAAUGACUUUUACUUUUAUUAAACAAGCAAUGCUGUUCAUUAUUUUUUAUGUUUUAAAGCAAUGAUAUUUUACUCUGCAAUAUUUUAAUCAUGUUUUUUUGUUGUCAUCAAUGUUUAUUUAUAUCACAUUUAACUUCACAUAUUUUAAGGAAACAUGAUUUUAUAGCUUAAAAAAAUCUUGCUCAUAAUGUUCAUCUCCUAAAAGAUAUGUUAGGAGCUGUAUUACCUCUGGCAAAUGGCUAUAUGGUUGUAGCAAGUUUCACCUUUCAUCUUUAUAAUGAUGGAGUAUACCCGACCCCAAUAUCACAAAUUCCUCAUUCUCCAGCUGAACUCAUUUUUUUCCUUAAAUCGGCAUGGUAUGAUUUAAAAUUAUAAUGUUUUACUUCUUUUAAAAGUACCUUUUCUUAUGUAUUAUAUAUUGAUAAACAUCACUGCCUCAUGUUUUAAAGAAAAA